AUGAACCGCGUGCAAUAUUUUCCGUGCGGAAAAAUCUGGUUUCCAAGAUUCGGCGAGCUUCCUGAAGCUGUUGUGGAAAAUGUCAUGCGCAAAUGCGAUCUGGUUACCAGAACUCACUUGUCGUGGUGCAACAAAGCUUUGAAUUCCCUUGAAUCAAAGAUUCCAUGCGAUAUUCUCCGAGUUGAAAUCCUUGAUUUAUGCUUCAACAAUGAAAUCUACAAAGCAAUUGGUGUCAAGUUUGUCUUAGAACAUACUACUCAAUUCUUCAUGUUCAGACAAUUCUCUAGUGAUACUUUGGUGUCAAACUUUACUUUUAAUGACAAACUCGGUGAAUAUAUUCCAUCAAAAGUUAUGCGCAAUACCAAUUAUCACACUGCCGCGUGGGAUUUUAUAAAGAAAAUUACAAAACGCUCAAAUCGUAUUCUCGAGAAUCUCGGAUACACUUUGAUCAAGAUGACUCUUCCAAAAACUGAGGGAGAGGGAUCUGCUGAAGACGAAGCUAAAAAAGAAGAAAAAACCGAGCAGCAGUACAAUACGCAUAUGAACGAUUUCAACGAGUUGCAACAGGAAAUCGACGCUAGACAAUAUGAGAUCAUUGCCGCCACUGGAUUCUGCGAUUUGUCUGUUUAUGAAGUAGUUCGCAGACCAAUUGAUGAUUUUGCGAAGGCAUUCUCGAUUAUUGGUCUGAUCAACGAGUUGACUUAUGUCCACAUAUUGCCGGGAUAUAUGACAUUCAAUAAUACCAGUUUCCGCGAGGAAACUUUCUGCUUCCACGUGAAGAGCUGGGCUGAUACUGAGGACGAGCGCAUGAGACGCUUGGUGAUAAAUGGAAAAGAGCCGUGGGAUGUUGUCAAGCUCAAAACUUUCCUCAAACCUCAUAUUAAGGAAUUCCAAUUGGAUGUGAAGAUUUAUGAGAAAGACGUCGAAAAAAUGAACAAAUACUUGUCCAACACCGAUUUCUAUUUCCAUGUUGUUCAGAAGAAUGAGAACAUUGGUGGUACGGUUUCCGCCAGAGGGCUAAAGCUCACUUUUGAGCGCACUUUAACUAAAAUGGACUGCAAUUAUAUCCAAUGCUAUCGUUUUGACGUUUAA